UGGCUCUUCGUAGAAAUUGCUGUUUCCCGUACCAAAAAAAAAUUAAUAAAUAAAUAAAAAUUAAUUAAAGAAAUUACAAGUAAGAAACUACAGCAACCAACACAGAAGAAAUAGUUGCUGUUUAUAAAAGAAAUGUAUGCACACACAUAUUAACAGAAAACCAACUGACAAACACACACACUCAACUAAUUGUAGCAGCAAUUCAACAAAAUAAUAAAAUAAAAAAGUAAUGCAGAGAGCGCAAAAAUACCAAACAUAGAAAUAAGAAAAAAGAGGAGCGGAAAGAUUUCUAUUUAAAUUCCCAUUAAAAACUAAAAGUAAGGUGAAUUUUCGAGACAUAGAACUGCUCUUUGCCAGACAUUUUCGUCUUUCUAAAAAACACAAAAAAUUUGUACAACAUUGCGAGAUUGUUGGGUGCCCCCAAUCUCGAUUAACGUGGUCGUGGUGCUGUGCCCGUGCCCGGAGCAACAACUAAGCCGAAAUACAACCAAUGUAAAAUAAUUGUUUAAUAACUUGUUUCUUAAAUCGCUGAAAACUUGUGUAACACUAAAUAACUCGAACUGCAGAAAGAAAGAAAAAAAAAACAAAUUUCUGUUAAAGCGGAACCGCAAACAUUUUGCAUUAUAAUUAACUGCUAGCCGCCACAAAACAAGAACGAACUGUCUGUCGGUGCCGGUGCGUGUGCAUUUGUGGAGAAAAGGCAGUCGAAAGCGAAAUACGCAAAAAUCAUAUAAUUUUGUUUUGAUCAGCUACGCGCUAGUUUUUCUUCUCUACACCGUACAUACAUAUGUAUGUAUAUAUUUUUUUGUAUAUUUUUUUGGUGUUUUCGUUUUGACAAGAAGUGUGCAACAACACUUAAAGAAUAAUUAUACGUGUGGCGCGAAAACGGUGCCUACUGGAGAGAAAAACAACUUUUUCAUUCAAUAAACAAGUUGAAUACGCAUAGCGUAAAUGAAUGUUUAAGUUUUCUACUUAAGCCAAUUGGCGUCAGCAGCAGGAUCGCAGAGCAGCAUAAAUCGUUUAAAAGAGCAGAAACAUGGCGAAGACCUGCAACAACAGUGGUAAUAACAACAACAGCCCGCAGCGUACUUUUAGCGGCAGCUUCAUUUUGGAUGAGCUCAUGUACUUCGAUGAAUUUUUCGAUUUCGAACCGAAUUCAACCAUUGAAGACGAUAUAGCCAAGGUAAUUGAACAUGAGUGGGAGUUGGGACACCCAACUCUCGAUUCGAGGAGCGAUAUUCUUGAUAUAAAAUCUGAGAUACGUAAUGCGGAUUGCAUGUGGUCGGGUGGUGCCGGAUGUGGCAACAGCAGCAACAAUAACAACAACAGUAAUGGGAAUGCCAGCGGUACGAAUUCCGCAGCCUCGAGCUAUUCCGAGAGCACUGCUGUGCCACCCUCCGUAGUGUCGAUUAAGCGGGAUCCGGAUGGGGAUGCUGAUGAUAUGAGUCCAAAUCCAAUAAUGACAGUGCCGAUGCCGUCAGAUGGUGGCAGGCCCAGAGUCGGCCCCACCCCAGUGGUGGUUGUCCCGAUGGCCCACAACUACCGCCACCAACCUGACCGCACAGUCGUAUUAGAUUCUGCCCUUCAUAUCAAGUCCGAGCUGCACGAAGAUUAUGAACGGCAUUUGGAGAAGCACAGCAUAUUGCAGCAGCAACAACAAAGCGAACAACACAUACCACCAGGUGCUUCGCUUUUGCGCAAAUCAAACAACAACAAGCAUGGUAGAAGGGUCCUCCCGCCAUUAGAGCAGAGUAUAACAGACAGAUUUAAUAAAUACGCCUACGUCCGUCCCGAUACCCCCCACAGUCUGUACGAUGAGGCGACGCCGCUGCCCCCCUUCCAUCACAAUGUCGAUUUGCGUGCCUGCGUGAUGGGCAGCAACAACAUAUCGCUGACCAGCGCCGGAGACACCUACAUAGAUCUGCUGAGCCGGGAGCUUCAGAAUACAAGCAAACAGAACAUAGAUCUAUCCUAUCGCCUUGGCAUCGAGCCGUCCAUCACUGAGGUGCUCGACGUCCUGCAUCAGGAACAGCAGCAGCAACAGCAGCAGUCGACAAUCGAUGGCAGCCUGACAGCAGCAGCAACAUCAACAAUGACGGCGCUGAACUCGGACAGUGAUUCGGAUGGGGAAGUGGACGCCGAUCCGGAUGUGGAAGCAGAUGAUGGUGAAUGCUCCCUGAUGGACUCCAGCUGUGGAUCCGCAGCCUCUCUGGAUGGCAACAACAGCCUCUUCAUGCGUCACAUUAGCGAUCACAGCUAUACGCGUUGCAAAGAUAUGGUCUACGAUGGCCCCAAUAUAGAGACACCCUCCGAUUCCGACGAGGAAAUCGAUGUUGUCUCGCUGAAUGACAAGAAACUGCCGACAAAUCCCUCGGAAAAGGAUCGGCGGGCACUGCAAUUCCAAGUGGCAGACAAGUUUUCGAAUCGCAUUGUGAAAACAGAGAUGGGGGUGCGAACCUUACCGCCCCUUGCGAUGGAAUUUCGUCGAGUCUCCUUCGAUCUGCCAUAUACGCCGGCGAGCAGCAGUCCAGUAAAAUCGGUGGCCAAUUCCCGCUACCCCUCGCCCUCGAGCACUCCCUACCAGCACGAGCCCUCGUACUCGCCCCCCUCCUCGCAGAGCAGCAACGACAGCGGCAUAGGCAUUCCGAUCGCCCGGUUGGGUCUGAAGGCCGACAGCUCGCAGGUGAGACACCCUCGCAAGCGCUACUUUAUGACAUCGGGAUCGUGUAGCUUGUCGAAGUAUCGUUGCAAGCGGGGCAAGUCCUUGUUGGCUGCUGUCAACUCGACCAUGUUGCCCGACGAGAGCGUGGCCUCGACUGGUGGCAGCAAUGCGGCCGCUUCGGGCGCCAAAAACGCCCUCAAGCGUCAGUUCAGCCACAAUGUGGACGAGGCGGACACCAUCGAGAAGCGGAAUCUGCACAACGACAUGGAACGGCAGCGUCGGAUCGGCCUUAAGAAUCUCUUCGAGGCACUCAAGAAGCAAAUACCCAGCAUUAAGGACAAAGAGCGCGCCCCCAAGGUCAACAUAUUGCGCGAGGCGGCCAAGCUCUGCGAACAGCUGACCCGGGAGGAGCACGAACUCAGCCUGCAGCGCCAGUUCCUGCAGGAGAAGCUGAAGCGGCGACAGGAUAUGUGCGCCCGUCUCCGUCUCGGCAAGGCAGAUUCAUAACGGCGGUGAAUGAUUCUUAAGUAUAUUUUAUAAUGACAUAUAAUGUGGGUGUGAAGGGAGUUGAUGGUAAGGGAAGAGAAGAGGAGGGGAAUAGCGCGCAGCGUUUGUACAUUGAAUAUAUAUAUAUAUAUACAGAUAUUCAGAUAUACAGAUAUAUAUAAAGUUAUAGAUAUAGAGACAUAUAGUUGUAAGCAUUUUGAACUUCAAUAUCAGUUUAAGUAUUACAUACAUAAAGGAGAUGGGAAAACAAUUGAGAGAGAGGGAGAGAGAGGGGUGAGGGGGAAAAUCGAUAUUAUUAUUAAUGUUUCAGACUUUUCG